UGCAUAAGAAAACAAUGUGAUUACAUGGAGUGUGCUUUAAAUGAACUGGGUUUUAAUUGUUUGUUUAGAUGAAUAAUAUUCUAAGUUCAUGGACUCUAAUAUUGUUUCCAGGAGUGGAUUCAAGAGAUUGAAGAAAUAAAUCAUCGCUAAAAUGGUAGUCUUGCGAAUGCGUGGUAAUGGUAAAGUGCAGGAGAGGAAUAAGGAUAAGAAUCAGAAAGCUUCAUUGUCUAAGGUAGAGCAAAUGGGUCCAAAAAAAUGGGUUGUUAAUUCAAAUACUUGUUCAAAUAUGCUGCUGUGUUUAAAAGGACUGGCGUUGGAUCCAUGCGAACCAGAAACAUUGAAAGAUUUGGUCAGAAAGUUGCGGAAUCAGACUCUUAAGUUGCGGAAAGUUUGGCGUUCUAAUGAUGGUGAAUGUUCUCAAAAAAAGAGAAAGCGUGAGCAGUUUCUACAACGAGGAAAUUUCACUAAGGCUUCUGGAUUGGCUUCACAGGAUUCUAAUAAUCAAAAUGUUAAGACAUUGGGUUGUAAGCAGCUAGGUUCUGCUUCAGGCUUACCCAAUUUAGCUGUAAGGAACUCUUGCAGUUCGGGAAGUGUAUUGACAUUUGACAGUACUUUCCAAUGGAAGCAGCCAAGUACUGAGUCAAACAAUUUGGAUAACAGGACAAACUGGAGUCCAUACAGCAAUAAUGUUUCUUGUUUAGUUGACACGGAGGAAUCGAUUAAUGGUUCAAAUCCAUUAAGUUUGGAAAACUUUAUUGUCAAGGACCCAACCUCGGAGGAUUCCUGUGAGUUGAUUAUCAAUUCAAAGUCAUCAAGCUCAGAAGAGAAACUUCAACAAGAAGUCAGGUCACUGAUCACUGAGAGUGAAGGUGAAAAUCUUCCAAGAGCUGUUAUUCCUAUAGGGCCUGGAUUCCAAGCUGAAAUUCCAGAGUGGAAGGGCCCAAUCAGCAGGAAGGACCUUUAUCAUUCAGAAAGUUUAAAAUGGUUGGGCACCAAAAUGUGGCCCCUUGAAGGAAAAACUAGAUUAAGGAACAGCUCUAAAGUUAUUGGGAGAGGUAGACCUGACUCUUGUUCUUGUGACUCUCCAGGAUCUAAAGACUGCAUUAAAUGUCAUGUGCUUUCGGCUAGGCAUGAUUUGCAGUCUAGUCUUGGUCCCGCUUUCUUGAGUUGGAAGUUUGAUGAGAUGGGAGAAGUAGUUUCAAAAGCAUGGACAUUGAGGGAACAACAUACGUUUGAAUCCUUUGUGAAAAAAAAUCCACUGUCGGAUGGAGCAGGUUUUUGGGAAGCUAUCUCCAAGCUUUUCCCAUCCAAGUGCAAGAGGAGCAUUUUGAAUUAUUACUAUAAUGUGUUCAUCCCUCGACGCAUGCGCGAGCAAACAAGCUCUUCUUUUGAUCAAGUUGAUAGUGAUGAAGAUCAAAUUGAUGAUGAUGAUGAUGAUGACAAGGGGUUAUGUUGGAGGAGGUACAAAGCUAAACAUGAUAUAUAAUCAAUUCUAGCAUUUGAAAACUUAGUAUUAGCUUGUCAUAUGAAAUUUCCACUUCUAUUAAAAAUUUGGAAUUAGAAUUUCUUACAUUUUGGACCUCAUAUUUUCAAAGAAGAUAGGGAGGAGUUAUCUUUUUAAUUUUGGUUUAUUAUCUUACUAUAUGUGAUAAAAUUUAAAAUUUUCAAUAUAAUGAUUAGCA